AAAAAUGGAUCAUAAUUCCGGUGAAUCCGAGUUAUUGUUAAAUCGAGUGGAAGGACUGCGCUUUGUGUGGACUGUGCCCAAUUUUGCGAGGCAUCGCCUCUCCGAAGUAAAUAAAAUUUUUGAGAUGGAGUGUAGUUCUACGAAAUGGUUGCUCAUAUUGUAUCCAAAAGGAGUAGAUGCGACAAGUGAUGAUUACAUUUCCUUGUAUCUCGGCUUGUUAGACAGCAGUAACAACGCAAAAGUAAAAGUCAGCUACCAAUUCCGUCUGGUGAAUGCCAACAAUAAAACUGCAAGAACAAUGAAAUUUGGACGGCCUAAAACCUUUGCCAGGGGACAAACAAGAGGAUUCGUGAGGUUCUUCAAGCGUGUGGAUUUAUUCAAUAGAUCCCACGAGCUCCUACCAAACGGCGUACUUACCAUAGCAGGUCAGAUUAUAAUUUAUUUGGAUCCUGAGUCCAAUAUUGGAAGUCAACCCCAGUCAUUAGUUGACUCGGAGAUGGGCAAGUAUUUUACUAACUUAUUCGAAUGUCAGAAACUUACCGAUACUACGUUUUUUAUUGGAGACAGAGCGCUGAAAGCUCAUAAAGCCAUUUUGGCUCUCAGAAGCAAAGUAUUUCAAGCCAUGUUCGAAUCCGACAUGCUGGAAAAAUUUACCAACACAGUGUUAAUAAUUGAUAUUGAAUAUGAUGUCUUCAAAGCUAUGCUACAUUUUAUAUACACAGAUAAAGCUCCAAAGUCAGACAUGGCUAAAGCGCUUUUGAUGCCUGCGGACAAAUACGAGCUGAUGCGCUUAAAAUCCAUAUGUGCAGCAUUAAUGGCAAAAAAUAUGACCAUAGAAGACUCGGCAGAAGUGUUAUAUUUAGCAGAUCUACACAACUGUGAUAUUUUAAAGGACGACGCAUUAGAUUUUAUUGCUAUAAAUGCCCAAGCCGUUACAAAUACAGAAGGAUGGAGAAUCCUGGAAAGAGCUCAACCACGUCUUUUUGCCGAGGCCUAUGCAGAGAUAAAGACCAGGAUUGUUGUAUGAAAAUGUUCUUGAAAUUAUCGUAGUUUAUGUCGUUAUUGUUUAUUUUAAAAUAUAUUUGUAAUUAAGGAUAAUUUUCUAUAUCAACGAAAAAUAUUUCAAUUAUAGUUGAAAUUAACCCUCUAACCGAGGGAUUUUUUGUAUAAUCUCCGUCAAUUAAAUGGGAUUAGUCAAAAGAAGAGUUGAUUGAAAAUUUUUCUUCAAAUAAUUGUUUCUAUUUUUGAUAUGUAUUUUUGUUUGACUGAUAAGGUUCAGAUAAUUGAUUCAUUUAAUUGACCCUCUAACCGAUUAUGGAAUAGAUGUAAAUGAAACUGCCUGAAUUUGUUU